AUGCCCCAACUCGCCUCCACCUACCGUGUUGCCCCCAAAGAUGUCCCCACCCCCCAGUGGUUCCUCGACCACGACUUCCACCUCUCCUUCCUCCACCUGCCCGGCAACGAAAUCGCUGGAUACGUCGUCACCCUCACCCAUCUCCGGACCCUUGACUGGGACGUCGGCGAGCUCACCGACCCGGCUGGCCAAUGUCGGGCCUACGACACCGUCUCCCAGCUGCGGGCCACGAUGAUCGCCAUGUCCGACCACGCCUUAAAUAUUGUUUGCGCCCCCCAUCAUCUUUACCUCAUCGCUGACCUCGUCAAUCACAUGGAGCAGGUUGACCGCGAACGCGAGCAGACCUGGCUGGAGCGCGUCAUCGCCAACAACGACAGCCACGCCGCCUCACCUAUCCCCCCCACCCCGCCUCUGCCUGCCCCGGAAUGGGGAAACCCGGCCGACGUCUCCGGAUGGGGCAACACCAAUGUCGACUGGAGCAACACUAACUGGGGGAACGUCCUCAUGGACGAGGCCGACAUGGAGUGGUCCCCCCCUGUACAACCUCCACGGCGCUCCCCUCCACCCCGCGACUCCCCCUCCCCAACACCGCAGCACCUCCGCCCGAUGCCCGCUCGCCUACGCUCCGGCGCGCCCCCUCCGACCGGUACGUGCCCCUCUCCCCGCUCUCCCAGCCCUACCCCCUGCUCCCCAAGCCCCGUCGAUGAAAACGAACCUCCGUUCACCAUGGUCGUCGACCCCGCGUCGCCCCUGGAGUGGCCGGCCUCGGUCGUCCGAACGGUCCUCGGCACCAUUAGUGGAGGCGAUCUCACCGACACCACCAACCCCAACGCCCUGUCCGCACCCCCUGCCCCUCCAACUCCCCUGCUCCGCUAA